AUCAAAUUAAUUCUUUGUUUUGUUUUUCUCCUCUACUCUGCUAACAAUCUGAUUUAUUCAUUUACCCAUAACUAUUAUACCAUGUGUAUCUUUCCCUCCUCCAAUGCCAACUUCGGUAUUAACUCCAACUUUUCACUUUCAUCUUUGCUUCCAUGCCCAUUUAUAGACAGUGCUGGUGGAGCUUCAGAUCUCCAGCUUCUGAAAGAUGGGUUCUCAGAUAUGGACGCAAGGGUUUUGCUUCCGCCUCUGUUUCUUCUGCCUCUGUUUUAGCUUCGGCUCUGUGAGGUCGCAGACUAAGGUAGCGGUGGGGGAUGCGGAACCGGAGGGGACGGUUUUCAUUGACGGAAAAGCUGCUGUCGGUGAGAUCGACGAUGAUUUUAUCUGUGCAACUUUGGAUUGGUGGCCUCCGGAGAAAUGUGACUAUGGGAAAUGCAGCUGGGAUCAUGCCUCUUUGCUCAAUCUGAAUCUCAAUGACGAUCUAUUCUUGAAUGCUGUAAAAGCAUUUUCACCAUUGAAGAUUAGAUUAGGGGGAACCUUGCAAGACAAAGUCAUAUAUCGAACAGAAGACAAUAAGGAACCUUGCAUUCCAUUUGUUAAGAACUCUUCAGAGUUGUUUGGUUUCAGCCAAGGUUGCUUACCCAUGAACAGAUGGGAUGAACUCAACGCCUUCUUCAAGAAAUCAGGGGCAAAAAUUAUUUUUGGAUUAAAUGCCCUUAACGGACGGACAAUAAACCCUGACAGUUCCGCAGUAGGACCUUGGAAUUAUACCAAUGCUGAAUCUCUCAUACGCUAUACUGUCAACAAGAACUACCCCAUCCAUGGAUGGGAGCUUGGCAAUGAACUGAGUGGAAAUGGGGUUGGGGUUCGAGUUACAGCAGAUCAGUAUGCUUCAGAUACAAUCGCCUUGAACAAUAUUGUGCAGAGUGUUUAUAAGUAUAUCAAUCCAAAGCCAUUAGUUAUAGGACCUGGAGGAUUUUUUGAUGCAGGUUGGUUUAAAGAAUACAUAGAUAAAUCAGCGAAAUCUUUGGAUGUGGCCACUCACCACAUAUACAAUCUGGGACCAGGUGCAAUUCCCGUUGUAAAAUUUGGAGUUGAUGAGCACCUUGUUGAAAAGAUUCUUAAUCCAGACUAUCUUGAUGGUGAGGCCAGUACAUUUAGUAACCUCCAUGGAGUUGUCAAGAGUUCAACAUCUUCAGUAAUUGCUUGGGUUGGAGAGGCAGGAGGAGCCUACAACAGCGGUCAUAAUCUUGUCAGCAAUGCAUUUGUGUAUAGUUUCUGGUAUUUGGAUCAGCUUGGUAUGGCAUCAGCAUAUGACACAAAAACAUACUGCAGACAGUCAUUGAUAGGCGGAAAUUAUGGUUUACUCAACACUACAACUUUUGUACCAAAUCCAGACUACUACAGUGCUCUCCUUUGGCACCGGCUAAUGGGAAGAAAUGCUCUUUCUACAAGCUUUGCUGGGACUAAAAAGAUACGCUCAUACACACAUUGUGCAAAACAAUCGAAAGGGAUAACAAUGUUAUUAAUCAAUCUUGACAAUACCACCACCGUUCAGGCAAAAGUUGCAUUCAACAGUUCAUGGACGCUCCAACACAAACGCAAGCAUCAUAGAAAAACAAUUAUCCGGUUGCCACGGGGCUCUAUCACUGGAAUUGUGAGAGAGGAAUACCAUCUAACCGCAAAAGAUGGAAAUUUACACAGCCAAACUAUGCUACUAAAUGGCAACAUUUUAAGUGUAGAUUCAUCUGGGAACAUACCUCAUUUGCAACCAGUACACGUAAAUUCAACAGGGCCAGUCAUAGUUGCUCCUUUCUCCGUUGUAUUUGUUCACAUGCCAGAUGUUGUUCUCCCUGCUUGCAGAUAGGUAGCGGUAGUAUAGAGGGAACCGAAAUUGGUUCCCUUAAAGUGAUUCAUCAAAUAAUUGAUAGAAUAUAAUGCAAAUUUUUUUUUCUUGGAGAAAAUAGAAUGCAGUUAUUUUC